AUUGUGAGAAUAAUCUCACCCCCUCCUCCUUAGCGUACACAAUAUCAAUUGUUCAAAAAAAAAAAAUUACCGUGCGGGAGGUUAAAUUUUUUGGGCUCAUAUGGGCUGAUCGGGCUUUAUUCUCCAAACAUACCCAGCCCAAAGCAGUGACGGUAUCAAAUUAUCAACAGCGUACCCUCACUUGCACAACGACUUGUCGUUCCUGUUAGUCAUGUUGGCUGAUCGAGCGGGGGUGAAAACGAACGACAGUGGAAGAGGGAGGAGGGGGAGAAGCGAGAGAUGGCCUUCCGGAAAGUGCUUGCUGGUGACUGGACCUCCGGUAAGCUGUUCAACUUCCAGUCACUCUUAACUUUUGACUUCACAUUUCUACUUAUUCAAUGCUUUUCUCAAAAGUACUUUUGGUUGAUGCUGCUGCAGCUGAUUUAGAUUUUGAUGCAUGACUUGCUAGAAAAAAUGGAUCUUGACAAUUUCAAUCUGACCUUUCAAAUACAGUCACAUCUCAUACAUUGAAGUAUCAUAGAAAAAACCCUAAUUUAGAUUGCAAACAACUAGGCUCUGGGAAACUUCAUUCUUCAUUUUUAUAUUAUACAUUUUGUUUACGGAGGCGCAUGCGAGGUUUUUUUUUAUUAGUUUUACCAAUGUGAACGGAAGACUAACUCUAAUAUAAGGCAGAGAAGCAACGAUGCUUUCAUUGUGUUAUAUAUAUAUAUAUAUAUAUAUAUAUAUAUAUAUAUAUAUAUUCAAUAAUUGAAAAUGAAGUUGCCAAGAAAAGCAUGAGGACUGAUAUAACAAGAGAGAGCCCAAUGUCCAUACCAUACUGCACCUUGCAAUUCUUUGAGAGGCUCUUUUUCUUUAGUUUACCUGGCUUUAAUUCUCCUAUGGCCGAUCAACUUGCCUCUUCUUCUUCCUUGCCUCCUUCAUGGAGAUAUGAUGUGUUUUUGAGUUUUAGAGGAGAGGAUACAAGCACCAAUUUUACAGAUCAUUUAUACAAAGCUUUGGUCGAUAACGGAAUCAACACCUUCAUUGAUCGCCAACUUACACGAGGAGAAGAAAUAUCACUAGCGCUCCUCCAAGCAAUUGAAGAGUCAAGAAUUUCUCUUGUCAUGUUCUCUAAAAACUAUGCAUCUUCAAGGUGGUGCUUGGACGAGCUCGUCAAGAUCCUUCAAUGUAGAGAAUCAAAGAAACAAAUAGUUUUGCCAGUUUUUUACAAGGUGGAUCCGUCCCAUGUACGAAAUCAAACGAGUAGUUUCGGUGUCGGGUUUGCAAAACUUCAGGGCAAAUUCAAGGACAACAAGAAGAAGGUGCUCAUGUGGAGGAGAGCUCUUAGAGAAGUAGCAAAUGUGUCAGGACAUCCGGUCAAGGAGGAAGACUAUGAAGCUACAAUAAUCAAUAACAUUGUCAAAGAGAUAUUAGUCCGAGUACUUGAUCGCACGUAUUUGAAUGUGGCCAAACACCCUGUUGGAUUACAAUCUUGCGUACAAGAGGUGAAAGAGCUUUUAGGGGUCGAUGGAAAUGGUGGUUGUGUGGUUGGGAUUUGGGGGACAUCUGGAAUAGGCAAGACAACAAUUGCAAAAGCUGUUUAUAAUGCAAUUGCUCAUAAGUUUGAAGGUAGUUGUUUCCUGUCAGAUGUUCGAGAAACAUCAAUGCAACACGGAGGCCUAAUCCAACUACAAAACACUCUGCUAAGUGAGAUUAAUCGUGGUUCAAAGUCGAAGGUUGUCAAUACUCAUGGAGGAAAGAGCCUUAUAGAGAAUUUGUUGAGGCAAAAGAAGAUUCUCUUAAUUCUUGAUGAUGUGGAUGAAUUGGAGCAGUUAAACAGCUUGGCUGAAGUCGAAUGGAUUGGUGAGGGUAGUAUAAUGAUCAUAACCACAAAAGAUAGAGGAUUGCUGGAAUCUUAUGGAGUUAAGUUCAUCUACAAUGUCCGAAAGUUAAAUGAUGACGAAGCUCUGGAGCUUUUAAGUUUGAAUGCCUUUGGAAGAAAUGAACCUCCAGACAAUUAUUUCAAACUCGCACAACGUGUAGUAGCCUAUGCUCAAGGCCUUCCUUCAGCUCUUAAUCGUAUAGGUUCUCAUCUGCGUAAGAAAAGUAUAGAUCGUUGGCAAGUUAUAUUGGAUAUUUGCGAUUCUUGCAAAGGAGAGCCUUACUAUGAUAUUCAAACAGUACUUCAAAAAAGUUGUGAUGACUGGGAUGAUGUUGUGCAACAAGUUAGUUGUGAUAUGUCAUACAGUGACAUCAGACAAUUGAAGGAAUUUAAGAAUUUGGCAAAGUUUACAUCUAUGAAUUUCAGAGGUUGCAAAUUCUUAGAAAAAAUCCCCGACUUAUCUGGAAGCCCAAAUCUAAAGCACUUGGUUCUAAGUGAGUGUAAAAGUUUGGUUGAGGUUGAUGAUUCUGUUGGAUUUCUUGAUAAACUUGUUUACUUGAAUCUUAACGGGUGCUCUAAGCUUAAGAGGUUUGCAACAAGACUUGGAUUGAGAUCCCUUGAAUGGCUUUAUCUAAAAGGUUGCACAAGGCUCGAGAGUUUCCCAGAAAUAGAAGAGGGCAAGAUGGAAUCUCUAACGGAUUUGGAUAUACGACAAAGUGGCAUAAGAGAAUUGCCUUCAUCAAUUGCAUAUCUUAGUGGGCUUCAAAGAUUGAAGGCAAAUGAAUGUGAGAACUUUACAGGUACAUCAUUACAUCAUCUAUAUGGGUUGCAAGAUCUGAUUCAAGUUCAUUUCGGUAAGUGCCCAAAACUCGUGACAUUUGGGAAUCAUAUGGUGAAGUUUGAUGAAGUUUCAUCUUGCAACUCUAUCACAUUAGCCCUUCCCAACCUAUUUGAUCUUGAUUUGGGAGGAUGCAAUUUAUCAGAAAGUGAUUUCCUUGUGCCUCUUGGUUGUUGGUUUGCAUUAGCAAGCCUUGAUCUGUCAAGAAACAAUUUUGUUAGUCUUCCGGAUUGCAUUAGCAAAUUUGUCAACUUAAUGAAACUUAGAUUGAGUGGUUGCAAGAGGCUUCGGGAAAUUCCAAAAGUCCUUCCACCAAGCCUAUGUGACUUAUAUCUGAAUGAUUGCACAUCAUUGGAGAAAAUUCCAAGAUUGCCCCCGAUGCUUGAGCUUCUGGAGUUGACUAAUUGCUUUAGACUAAGUGGCGAUGAGGUGGCAAAGUUGGAGAACAAUUUGUUGAAUGAGUUUCAGGAACCUCUUCAGCGCGAUGAAUUGCAAGUUAUUCUUCCAAGUAAUGAAGUUCAAAAGUGGUUCAGACCGUCCAAUUACCAUGCAGGACAUCUCAUUAGUUUUGAUAUGUCAUAUAGUGGCAUUAGACAAUUGAAGGGAUUUAAGAAUUUGGCAAAGUAUACAUCUAUGAAUUUCAAAGGUUGCAAAUUCUUAGAAAAAAUCCCUGAUUUAUCCGGAAGCCCAAAUCUAAAGCACUUGGUUCUAAGUGAGUGUAAAAGUUUGGUUGAGGUUCAUGAUUCUGUUGGAUUCCUUGAUAAACUUGUUUACUUGAAUCUUAAUGGGUGCUCUAAGCUUAAGAGGUUUGUAACAAGACUUGGAUUGAGAUCCCUUGAAUGGCUUUAUCUAAAAGGUUGCACGAGGCUCGAGAGUUUCCCAGAAAUAGAAGAGGGCAAGAUGGAAUCUCUAACGGAUUUGGAUAUACGACAAAGUGGCAUAAGAGAAUUGCCUUCAUCAAUUGCAUAUCUUAGUGGGCUUCAAAGAUUGAAAGCAAAUGAAUGUGAGAACCUUACAGGUACAUCAUUACAUCAUCUAUAUGGGUUGCAAGAUCUGAUUCAAGUUCAUUUCGGUAGGUGCCCAAAACUCGUGACAUUUGGGAAGAGUAAGGUGAAGUUAGAUGAAGUUUCAUCUUGCAGUACCCAAUCUCAGCUGCUUUCAACUGACUUAGAUAUUUCAGAUUGCAACUCUAUAACAUUAGCCCUUCCCAACCUAUUUGAUCUUGAUUUGGGAGGAUGCAAUUUAUCAGAAAGUGAUUUCCUUGUGCCUCUUGGUUGCUGGUUUGCAUUAGCAAGCCUUGAUCUGUCGAGAAACAAUUUUGUUGGUCUUCCGGAUUGCAUUAGCAAAUUUGUCAACUUAAUGAAACUUAGAUUCAGUGGUUGCCGGAGGCUUCAAAAAAUUCCACAAGUCCUUCCACCAAGCUUGUGUGACUUAUAUUUGGAUGAUUGCACAUCUUUGGAGAAAAUUCCAAAAUUGCCCCUGAUGCUUGAGCGUCUGGAGUUGACUAAUUGCAUUAAACUAGGUGACGAUGAAGUGGCAAAGUUGAAAAACAAUUGGUUGAAUGAGGAAUCUCUUCAGCGCGCUGAAUUGAAAGUUAUUCUGCCAGACAAUGAAGUUCAAAAGUGGCCCAGCUAUACCCUUUGACCAUCUUACAACCAUUGAACAUCUAUCAGAAAAUGAAUUUGGUUUUGAAAGUCCUCUACAUUCCCAAGGGGAUACGUUAUUAGGAUUAGCUCUAUCUGUUGUUCUUGGAGCACGAACUAAUUAUUUUGAUCAUCCUUAUAUUCUCAUCAAGGGAGUACAAAAGCUUGUACCUUAUUUAUGGGAUGAGAUGAAAAUUGAGGCAACUCGUGUGGCUCAAGUUAGUGGAUUUAGACGAUCACGAGCAGCAGGGGGAUAUUUGUCAAGUUAUAGUUCCUUUCCCCAACUCUGCAUGCAUUAAAAGUUGCUGGGUGCACCGCCUAUUGCGGAACCAAGACGAACGACUUCCCUUGUCUUUGGGAUCAACGAGUAGUCUUGGGGAGAAGCCUCAGCCAGUUGGUUCCUCAGAUAUCGUCGAUGAUGAUAUGAUCUGCAACAUUGGAGCCAUCGGAUGAUCAUCUAAAACACAGGCAUAUCAAUCUCAAUGUUCCUAUUGAUAUUGAGGUGGAGCAAGAGCAACCGUCCACUUCAAUCGAUCAACAAUGAUCUCCGAUCUGUUAGGAAUUUGGGUACAUUCAUUUGGAAUUUCCUCAUCUUUUAAAGUUAAGCAUUAACUUCUCCUUAUUCUACUUUCUAGCGUUUGUCCUUCUAUAACUUGUCCUUGUUCUGCUAUCAAAUAUAUACAUUUGGUAUAUUUA